UUGCCAUAGCGCUUCAUCGGUUUACCAAGAUGGCGCACAGUCCGGCUCGAGUUUUCGCUUCUCUUGUACCGGCCACCGGCGACGUUUGUGGAGGUGUGAAGGAGCAGGAGGUGAAGCGGGAAGUGAAGGCGGGGUGCAGUCGCUGUGCUGGUGGCGGGAGGCAGGUGGAGGUGACGGGCAGUGCGGAGCUCUGCGCUCCUCCUGACCGGGCCGCUGUUAGCGUCUCCGUGUCUAACAGUAAGGAAAGUGCUAACGACGCGGCUAACAGCGUGCAGCGCAGACUGGACUACAUCCUGCACAGCGCGCGCCAGCACGGAGUCAAGGAGGAGGACAUCACUGUGAUGAAACACUUGCAGAGAGAGGAAGAGCUGUACCAUAUGCAGGCUGAGGUGAGCAUGGUGUUUUCAGACUUUGUGAAGAUGCAAGCUGUUCGCUCGGUGCUAAUCGAAAAGCUGGACAGAAGUGUGUGUGUCGGGGAUCCACGUUUCUUCCACAGUUCAGAAAGCCUCAGUGUGAUACGGAGACGUGUGUGUGCAGCAGCCGUGGAAAACGCUCGCCUUAAAGCACACGAGGUGUGUAACCUGCUAGGACAGGCUUUAGGACGGCCCUUAUUGGUACGGGAGGAGGAGUCUCGGGAGUGGACGUCUGAGCAGCGAGAGGGCGUGGCCAGUACUCUGAGUCUGCAGGAGAAGGUGGGCCAGAUGUCAAUCACUGCAUCAUCACAUGUGUUUGUGACGUUUGAGCUGCGGCCUAAGCACAGUACGAGGAAGAGGUUAUGAAGAACACACUCCUGGAAGAAACUGCUAACACAAAUCCCGGCCAGAGAUAAAUCUUCAUUUUUGUGAUUCAGUGAACUACAGAAAGACAUGAAAUAACAUCACAUGUGCUAACAGUAUAUGCAAACUUUAUGGCCAGUAUGUUUCCACCCACAAGUUUAUUAUUUUCCAAUUACAACAUUUCCCAAAGUGUUUUAUUCCUCUUAUACAGCAACAGUUUGUCAAUUAUUAAUUUUUAAAUGUAUUAAAGAAUGACAUGUAUUUGUAUAUGUUUAUAUAGUAGUUACAUUUAAUGUUGUGGAACAUCAACAAAACAACAAAACAAGCUAGUUCCUGUUAACAUCACUAUCAUGUUAUAGCAGCUAUAAACAUCCUUUCCCUCA